AUCGACCUGUCCCAGCUCGAGUCCAUGUUCGCGCUCGAGGACGCCAAGGCGAAGAAGAAGGAAGACGAUCCGAACAAGCCGAAGGUGGUCUCCCUCAUAGACGCGAAGCGCUCGCUGAACAUAUCGAUCCAGCUCGCGGGGAUUCGGAUGCCGUUCAAGAAGAUCAAAGAGGCGCUCAUGAACAUGGACGACAAGACGUUGCAGGUGGACAACCUCGCCAUCUUAUCCCUGUGCGUCCCGACCGUGGAUGAGAUAUCCAUCGUGAAGCGCUACGACGGGGAUAAGACCAUGCUCGCGACCGUGGAGCAGUUCUUCUUGCAGGUGAUGCCGAUCCCGCGUUUACAACACAGGGUGGACGCGUUGAUCUUCAAAGGCACCGCGGCGGCGAACGUCAAGAAGGUGUGCGCGGACUACGCCGCCGUGCGCGCCGCGGCGGACGACUUGAAGAACUGCAAGCACUUCGUGACCGUCCUCGAGGGCAUCCUCGCCGUGGGGAACCACCUGAACGGCGGGACGUACCGCGGUCAAGCCGCGGGGUUCAGACUCGAGACGUUGCUACGUCUGACGGACGUCAAAGCCGUCGAUCGCAAGACGUCGCUGCUGCACUUUGUCGUGAAGGAGCUGCGAAAGACGUCGCCCGGGGUUGAGUUUUUAUCCACCGAGCUCGAGACGGUGAAGAAAGCGGCGGGGUUGCACUUGGACGGCACGAAAGAGCUCCUGGGGCAGCUCGUGAAGGGCCUCGAGAGCGUGAACGACGAGGUUUUGAAAGCCGCGGGAGCCGCGCCGGAGCAAAACGAAAACGAGACUCACGAUAAGUUCAGGGACGUCAUGCUUCCGUUCGCGCAAGCCGCGGACGCGGAAGUGACGAGAGCGAAGACGAUGGCGGCCGAGGCGCAGGACGCGAUGAAGGCGACCACGGAGUUUUUCGGCGAGCCGUUCAAAGCGGACAACGCCGGCAGAGUCUUCAAGCUCGUCAAGGACUUUUUAGUCACGUUCGACAAGGUGCAGAACGACAUGAAGAUGCGAGAAGAAGCCGAAGCGCGCAAGAUGAAACACGAGCAA